AUGAUUGACAACGCCAUUUUUGAAGAUCUUCAAGCAAAGAUCGAUGAAGAAACAGCCGUCCGCGAUGAGCUUCAUGAUAUUGUGCAGACGCUUGCUAAGAAAGGAAGAUCCACACAAGCUAUACUCGCUAGAGCCCACUCUACACCAUCUGACCAGCUGAAACCGAUUCUUGAUGCUGCUACUCGAGAGAUCAUCGCCCAGCGGGACGAGGUUUCUCGCCUCAGAGCCGUGGCAGACAAGCACCCGUUCUACAAGUACAAUGGCGUGUGGACGAGGGAGCUGCAGAACCUCGUAACUUCGAUUGAGCUGUGCGCAUGGCUUGGAGGCCUAGAGGAGUUCAAGGGUGCCGGUUCUGCUUCGUUCCUGACCAUCGAGGAGGUUGGGAAGUUUUUAGACAUCCCGGUCAACCUGAAAGAAAAAGAUGCUUUCCACCUGACCAUCGAGGAAUAUCUUCUUGCGCUCAUCUCCAUGGUUGAGGAAUUGUCCCGCCUGGUAGUCAACUCGGUCACUCUGGGCGACUAUAAUCGCCCUGUCCAGAUUGGCAAGUUCAUCAAGGAUCUGUUUGGUGGAUUCCAGCUGUUGAACUUGAAAAACGAUAUUCUGCGGAAGCGAAGCGAUGGGAUCAAGUACAGUGUCAAGAAGGUCGAGGAUGUGGUGUACGAUUUGUCUCUGCGCAAUUUGAUUCCCAAGGGAAGCGCCGCGGCUUAA